AUGAAUCUGACUUAUACAUUAACUACCAUAAUUGUGCUCUAUCAAAAUUGUAUGUCAGUUACUUUAGAACAAAAUACGGACGCAAAUGGCUCUAUAAUAACAGCACCAAAUGCUGGUUUGGUCUUGUUAUAUCAAGGACAAUAUCGACCAUCGAAUCGCGUCAUUUUCAGCACGGCAAUGCUCCCAAUGACAACAGAAACAUGUUACUUACUACCCAUUGCGGCAGCACGAAAAAUACCAGCUUGCAACAACUUCACCUCUAAUAUACGCCACAAACGUCUCGUAGGAGAUAUCAUUUCAAUAGGCAUGUCAACUGUAGCGCUAGGAACAGCAACAACAAGCUUGGUAUUGACAAAAAGCUUACAGAAGAAAGUAAAUGAAUUUGAAGGUCAGUUACAAACAUUUUCCAACCGCGUGGAAGUAGGCGAAGCCCGUAUGAUUCAAUUCGACAAAAAUCAAAUUCGAUUCGGAUUAUCCCUACAACAAACGGAACAUUUAGUUAACUCAACCGUCGAUCGAGUCAACCAACAUUCAACAACACUUGAAAUACAAAACAAUCGUCUCGACGAACAUCAACAAUUCUUAAAAUCUCUUCAACAACGCAUUAUCGAUAAUGAACAAGCCACGGCUAAUCAAUUUCUCCAUCUAGCUAUCCACGACAUCACCAGCAACAAACCAACGUUAUCAUUUUUGCAUCCAUUAGACAUGAAUUCCGUCGUCAAAAGUAUUCUCCAACAAAAUAAUAUUUCAAUACCAGUAACAGCCGAACAACUGCCGAUCGUCGAACUUAUUAUGAAAUUAAUUUUAAGACAACAAAUUGAAUUUAUACCUGCUGAACGCUAUUCAAACACAUCCAACAUCGAAAUUGGCAAAUUGAUGUUCACAACUUUUUAUGCCUUACCAAAUGAACAACAAUCUGAUUUCAGCAUUUACAAAACUAUCACUAGCCCUUUUAUACAUCACAACAAGAUCGUACGUCUGGCACAGAUGCCAACCUACAUUGGUAUCAACCGAAAAACAAAUUCUAGUAUUAGCUGGACCAACGACGACAUGGCAUCAUGCAUAUUUCAUUUAGUCACCACUUGUCGAGAAACACCUGCUGAAAAAGCCUCGCAAUACGGUAACACCUGCUUGGAACAAAUUAUGAUCGGAAAAGCACUUAAGAACUGCAGAACAGAACACACUUCAACUAACCUUCCAUACAUUCAACAAUUACAAAGUGGACGAUGGUUGAUAUCGACAAAUACCACGUCUCUCCACUGCAUUAAAACUCAAAUCGAAGAAAGACUUACAAAAGAAGCAACUGUGUGGAAUGACAACACACAAAUAACUAUUCCGCCAAUGGCAAUAAUUACGGUGAAUAAUGGAACUACUAUACAAUGUCCUGGAUUUAAUCUACCAGGCCCAGCAAUACCGGAAACACGAUCAACUAUUAACAUUAUUAGAAACCUAUCUACAAUCGAAGAACAUAGCGAUAUCAUUGAUAUACACAAGGACAUUAUUGCAAACACAACAUGGGAAAAACUCCCCUACCUAAACGACGAAAUUGAUCAAUUAUUACAAGAAAUGUCAUUACAACAAGCGUCCACAACACCACAAAGCAAUAAUAUACAGUGGCACAACCAACAUUCGGGCAAACUCAUGAUUUGUCUAGCUAUUCUCAUUGCUGCAUUAAUAGUGGUCAGCGCUCUUAUUAUACUCUACUUAAAACGAUCGAACAAUAACAAAAUUACAAUUACCCUACCAUAA